CAAGCGGGCGCCAAGUAGAGAGAGAGAAGAGGCUGGGAUUUCUCUAAAAACACUCCCUUUCUCGUCCAACCUCCCUUUUUCAUUAUUUGUACACUUGUUCCCCCGAAGUUAUCUUCAGAGUUUUGUUGUUUUUUUUUUUUAUUUUGUUUAGAGAUGUAAAGUCGCUCUAACUUUCGUCUGGAGGUAAACAGAAGAAAGUUGGGUUUCGUCUUGGACUGGUCCUUCUGGUUCAGGUUACUCCGUCAGCAGCUCUGGGGAGAGUGUUUGUCCUCCACCUUCUAAUGGCCGACCAGACGGUUUGUAUGGACCUAGUAUGACUGCCCUUCUCCCAAAGGACCUGACUAUCCACCAGCUUCCUCUUCAUUCCGAUCAGUGAGCUUGAGACCCAGCGUGCUGCCGAUGGAUGAGCUUGAAGGCCAGCGGCUGAAGCCUGCUGAGGACUCUGCAUCCUUGGCUUCUUCCACAGCUGAGCCGAUCAACCUAGAAGACUCCCACUAUGCUAAGCUCCAAGCUGAUCUUGAGUGCGAUGCACAGGGUUUGGAGGCGGAGUCCUGGAGCUUGGCUGUGGACCAGAACUACCUGAUGUCCCUGAACAAAGAGGCUGUUAAACGGCAGGACGUGAUCUAUGAGUUGAUCCAGACUGAGAUGCACCUUGUACGCACCUUAAAAAUCCUCUUCCACAUCUACAUGAAUGAGCUGAAGCAGUUCAGUGGCUUUGAGAAUGCCUUGCUGGAGAGGAUCUUCCCUGGUGUGGCGGUUCUGCUCAGCCUCCACCAACAUUUACUCAGCUCCUUCAAACUGCGACAGGAUCAGAGUCGGGACAGAGAAAAUCCAAGUAACUACUACAUCACCCAGCUGGGGGAUAUCCUCAUUAAACAGUUUUCAGGUAAUCUGGGAGAACAGAUGAUGUUGGCUUAUGGCCAUUUCUGCAGCCAUUACAGUGAAGCUGUCAGUCUCUACAAGGAACAGAUGCAGAACAACAAAAAGCUGCAAAUUCUGAUCAGAAAAAUCGAUCAGCUGCCUCUAGUGCGAAGAUUAACUAUUCCUGAAUGUUUCUUGCUGGUGACUCAACGAAUCACAAAGUAUCCUGUUCUGUUGGAACGGAUCAUCCAGAACACAGAUGCCGACACAGAGGAGUUUAUGCUUCUGGAGAAAGCUCUGGAGCUGAUCAAGCACACCAUCUUCCAGGUGGACACUCAGGUGAGUGAAAGUCAGAAGAACGCUCGCCUCAGAGAGAUCAGCUAUCGUCUGGAGCUGAAGGCUCCGAUCCGGCUGAAGGACGGGCAAAUGUUCCGCAAAGAGGACAUGAUGCUUGGCAACAAGACGUUGCUUCGUGAAGGAGCCCUCACCUGGAAGUUGUCUGGUAAACAGAAAGAAAUUCAGGCGGUGUUGUUAUUAGACAUGCUCCUCCUGUUACAAGAGAAAGAUCAGAAGCUUGUAUUAUCUGCUAUGGACAACAAGCAACCAGUGAUCUCCCUGCAGAGAGUGAUUGUCAGGGAAGUGGCUCAUGAGGAGAAAGGCAUGUACAUCAUCUGUGCAUGUACCUCUGGCUUGCCUGAAAUGUAUGAACUCCACGCUGGCACCAAAGAGGAGUGCAAAACCUGGAUGGACCUCAUACGUGAGGCUGUUAACUGUUACAGAGACACUGAGGUGCAAAGUAAAGUGAUGGCUAAACUGCAGCAUUAUCAAGAUUUACUGCAGCAAAGCGACAACAAGAUAAGGCAAAGUCUGGAAGAGAAGCAGGAAAUCUUUUCCACACUUUAUAAUGAAGUGGUUGGUCAGGAGGCCCCUAACGAAGGUUUACUCCUGCGAGGUGAUGCCUCUGACCUCAAGCAGGGGGAGGCCUUGUUGAAUGGAGCCCUUAAAGAGGUGGAAAAGUUACAGAACCUGCUCUUUAUGAGGAUUAAACAUACAGAAGUAUCUGAAGAUGAGACUGACAUACAGCAAGAUGGAGAUAAAGACAAAAAUGGUGAACUUGCAUUAACUAGCUGUGACCACCUGCUGGAGAACCUGGCAAUCUCUGAAGAUCUGGAGACGUGUGUUGAUGAUGAAAGUGAAAACCAACCAGAGCAACACUGUGGUUCAACCUCUAGUGUUUUCCUUAGGACAGAGGUCUUUGAUAGUGUUCAGAAUCUUGCACAGAAGCUCUACAGUUUACAGGCAGUCGUCACGCAGCAGGACAGCAGGAUUGAACUACAGAAGAUCUUCAUGUCAAAGAGCAAGCUGCCCGUCCGUAGCAACAGCAACGUGCUGCUUGAGCAGGAGAAAUAUCGCAAUUUGGAGAAGCAAAAGGAGGAACUGGCUAAACUGCAAAAGCAGCAGGUGCAGCAUCAAGCAGAGCAGCAGCGCUGGGAAAAAGAAAAGGAGAAGCAGAUGAAGCUGAUGGAGAGUCAGGAGGCUGAGCUGCAGCAGCGGGUGGAAGAAUGCAAGAAGAUGGAGGAAAAGCUGACACAAAAGGAUUUGGAGCUGAAGAAUCAGUGGGAGACCUACCAACAGGACUUGGAGAGACUGAGGGAUACCACACAAAAGUUGGAUCGGGAAAAGGAGCUGAUUAGUCAGGAAAAGAAACGCUUGGAAAAGAUGAAAUCAAAGCUCAUCCCUAAUUAUGAUGAUCCAACACGGUCCUCCACACUCUUCCCUUUCCCAUCAUUCAGGAGCACCAUUGUAAACGGAGGAGCGACCCAAACCCUACAACGUAACCCUUCAGUCUUAACUAGUGAUUUCCUCGAUCCAGACGACCCUCCUCCACGAGUUCCCCCCCGGCGGGAGAGCAUCAGUCCCCGCUCAAACAAACAGAAGCUGCCCGUUCAGUUGAUCAGCGCCACCAACCAGGUGCAGAAACCUGCAGAGGUCCAGCAGAAGAUCCCCAAGAAGCUGGCUGCCGAGUCCAAAGCGAGGGAGAAAACCUUAAAGGCCAAGCGCACCCACAAGAGAGCUCACAGUGCAGCUAAUCUAGACUUCACCAACGUGAUGCCGAUCCGAGCGACGGGGAAAGACGGAGGCAGUUUAAGAACCCAAACAAACACUGGUCAAAGAAGAGCCCUGAGUUCUGAUACCUUCAGGUCGACAGGACCCAGUCAAAAUGUGAAACCGUCUCAGUCAUUCCUCGGACCGAAGUGGAACGACAUCACUCCUCCUCCCCCGGUGCCGCCUCCUUUCCCUAAAGACAUCAAUAGCAAAGACAUGGAGAAGGUCAUAGUUCUCUAAAGGAGCUACAGGAUGUGUCCCACUCAGCAUGCAGCAUCUCCAGGAUGACCUGCAGGACAUUUUUUAUGCUGAUUUUAAACAAAUGUUGCACAUUUUUCAGGGAGAAAAAAUAUGGAAAAAAGUUUGGCCUUUUGUAAUUAUGAUAAAAAUCUAUUUUAAAUUUUUAUUUUAAUACACAAAGACUCAAUUGUUUUAAUGAAAGCAGGUCUUGUUUAACUGUCCAGUACAGUAAUUAUGUUUAUAGUUUUGUUUUAUCAAGUUUACAUCUGUAAAUAUAAAGGGGCUUCAGAUUU